AUGCGGUCCCGGCCACGCCAGCCACCUGCGCCCUCUCCCACGCCCGAUCGUCUUGACUGUAUUUGGACACCGGACCCAGGUGGGGAGGAGGAGGAGGAGGAGGAAGAAGAGGAGGAGGAGGAGAAUGGAGAGCGGUAAAUGCCAUGCGAGUCUACUGUCACUAUAAAAGAGAUCACGCACGAGUCAUCGCGUCUGCUUCCGCACCCCCGUGAAGCAUAGGGUGAACCUCUUCAGUUACGACGGUUGAACUGCCGUGUUUGUGUGUGUGGGUGGGUGUACGUCAAGUAAGUAAGCAUCUCCUACGCCAGCAUCAGCAAACCAUGCCCUUCGCAGCCUAUUGUGGGCUGGCAGUUCUGACACCUAGUUUCCCGCGGGGAGGUGCGCUUGCGCUCCCGCUGGGUACGCAGGUCGUGAGCAUGGCUGUUCAGUCAUCCUCGUCGUUCUGACCCGUUGUGGUUUUGUUGUUAGAUAAAAUCCCAGUCAAGUGUUUGUUGUGGACUACGGGGUGCCGCUGGACGCCUAGGUGCGACGCUGGCCGUGCCAGUCACUUGCGCUCCGCCUCGCCUCCGGUCUUCCAGACUGUCUCUUGAAAGCGGGUUGGGGUGGGGACGGGAGAGAGUGCGGUAGAUGCAGCGCUUGUCUACUCCCACCGUAAGAUAAUUCACAUGCAAGUCAGCAUGCCUGCUGGCACCUUGCUGUGAGCGCACGGUGGACUUCGUCGGUGGCGACGGUCGAAAUUUCGUGUGUAUGUGUGUGUUAUUGUGUGUGUUCACUCCCAUGUCUCCGAUCUUCUUGACUGUUUUAGCACCAAACCUAGAUGGGGGAUGAGAGAGUUUGGUAGAUGCUGUGCAAGUCUAAAUUCACUGAAAAAUAAUCACAUACAAGUUGCCGUCUCCGCUACAACUUUCAGUGUGGCACACGGCGAACAUCGUCGGCAACGACAGUCGAGCUGCCGUGUGUGUGUGUGUGUGUGUGUGCCACCCAAACGUGCCACGUGUUAGACGCGCUGGACCAACACGGGGGCCACAUCGGAUUCUGGAAGGCGCUAUCUGUGCGCAAUAUCAAAUGUCAACAAGCAUGGGGUGCGCUGGCAGUCCCUGUAGUCGACAGCCGUCACACAACUGAGAUCACUGUCACGCCCUCCAUUGUUGUGGAGGUAAAAAUCCUGGUCAUUUGUGUGUGGACCAGAGGGUGCGGAGUGGAACGCCAAGGUGAGGAUCCGUCCGAGCCAUUCACCUGCGGCCUCCCUCGUCUCCGGUCUUCUUGACUCUGUCUUGACACCGGGCUCGGGCGAGGGAGGAGGAGAGAGUGUAGGUAGAUGCAGCGUAAGUCUACUGGCACUAUAAACCCCUGCGCAAGUCACCGUCCCUGCUCCCACCUCUGCUGUGGGGCGCACGAUGGUCAUCACCGAAAUCGAUGGUCGAACUGUUGUGUGUGUGUGUAUGCCGAACUGACCACAAUUCCGACACACCCACCACAUCAAACACGUCCACCACGCCCAGUCCCACCCUCGCACCAUUGCAAUGCGCGCCCAUCACCACCACCACCACCACCAUCACCGCCUCCUCUGUAUCUGACACUGACACCGCCGACUUCUCAUGCCCACACUGUCCACGCACAUUCACCUCUCGCAUCGGCCUGGUCGGUCAUUUGCGAAUCCAUCGCACAGAGACUGGAGAACCAGUGCCUGGAGCACCAACCUAUACCCAUCACGCUCGACUCAACUGCCCACACUCCCCUCGCACCUUCAGGCAUCACAUGGGUCUAUUCGGCCACGUGCGCAUCCACGAGAGCGGCAUGGACCGCACUCCCGACACACCCAACACAUCCAACACAUCGACCGUGCACACCCCCACACUCACUCCAUUCGUCUGCGCCACCACCACCACCACCACCGCCUUCCCUGUAGCUGACACUGACACCGUCGACUUCUCAUGUCCACAGUGUUCACGCACAUUCACGUCACGCAUCGGCCUGGUCGGUCACUUGCGAAUCCAUCGCACAGACACGGGCGAACCAGUACCUGGAGCACCAACCUACACCCACUACGCUCGUCUCAACUGCCCACAGUGA